UGAAUGACAUUGAACAAUAAGAUAAGAGAACUUAUCUAGCCUAAAAUGAUGAUCACACUGGUGCCAUAAUGUUGACAUUAAUAGUUGUGUUAAUUUUCGUCUCUUUAGAUGGCUGUACUGCGAAUGAUUUUGACAAACUAUCUCAGUUAUUAGUGAGAGUGGAGAAAUUAGAAAAUGCUGAAAAUAAACGAAAUCUUGUGGUUAAAGAACAAGAGGUACAAAUACGUCGUCUCCAGCUAGAAGUGCUCCAGGAACGCACUGCACACACUAGAUUUGAAGAAAUCAUUAAUGACGAGAAACUGAAAAAUGAAAACCUAGAACGCCGCUUGAAUGACCAGGAGAAACACAUCAAAGAACAGAACGCUCUUAUCACAAAGUUAAACAACCAAUUCAUGCAGACAAACGUCGAAACGCUGAUGGAAGAAAAGAAGAAACGGUUUCUAGCGCAAGACUUAGAGACAGUUGCCUUUCAUGCGACCCUUGAUCAAGACUCCGGUUUGGAACACAUUCAUGUUGGAUCUACUAUUCCUUUUCCGAACGUGAAACUAAACAUUGGUGGUGGCUACAACAACGUUUCAAGUGUCUUUGUUGCACCAACAGCUGGUCUUUACAUCGUUUCAACAUCCAUUUCCAGCUACUGGAAUGACAAGGGCGAAUUACAUGUAGGGAUCAUGAAGAAUGGAGUGUACGUAGCAGGGGCUACGUUGAUGAUAUCGGCGGUCCACCGGAGCAGGGCUCUGUCACCAUUGCUCUGCUUCUAGAUGUUGGAGAUCAGGUUUGGGUUAAACACGUGGUACAUGACGACGGAGCUCUUUAUGGUGGCGGGCUAACAAGUUUCAUGGGUUGUUUGAUAUUUGCAGCGUAAAAUACUGUAGUUAAACAAAGAAUAAAGUUUUUCUCCUUAAA